AUGGCAUUAAGAGUGCUAUUCGUGCCGAUAUUCAACGUGGGUCACAUGAACCCCAGUAUAGGUAUCGCUGAACACAUGAUAGCCGCCGGCCAUCGCGUGUUGUUCACAGUUAACGAGCACUGGUUGGGCCGACUCAACCCAUACGGCAUCGAAGAGGUAGUGUUGGCCGACUAUGAGGUGCCCUUCCGUCGGGCCGUUAACACUGAGUACGUGUCCCGUCAAGAGUUUAAAAUUUGUAAUGAAAUUUGCGACAAUUUAAGACAAGAAAUCAAAUUAUUUCACGUUAUCAAUGAUUACUAUUAUCAAGAAAGACAAAACGUGUUGUUUGUGACAACUGAUGAUCGGGUCUAUGGGUUGGGCAGUAAUUCCUAUGGAGUUCUGGGUUUAGGACACAACCGACCCAUACAUACGCCCGAAGAAGUGCCACAAUUAAGUCACCAAAAUAUACAACAAUUUUUCUUUGAAAAAGAAUUUGUUUUGGCUUUGAAUCGCGAUCAACAGAUAUACGGCUGGCGUUUAAAUAAAAGGCCCAAUGGAAACACUUAUAAUAAACCGCAUAAAAUAUUAUUAAAAACAAAUAACAUAGAAAUGUAUGAAAUACUGGAAAAGUUAGGAUCGGGUAGUUUUGGACAUGUGUUUAAAGUAAAUGAUCGACACAAUGGAGACAAAUAUGCAGUUAAAAAAUGUCCACUAAAUGGUUUGGAUGAAAAACAAAAACAAAAUGUUUUGAAUGAAACACAAAAUCUGAUAAAACUGCGGUCAGAAUAUAUUAUUCAAUAUUACUAUUCAUGGAUUGAAUGCAACUGUUUAUACAUUCUAAUGGAUUGUUUGGCCGGAAAUUUAACACAAUUUUUAGAUAAUAAAAAACCUUUAUUUGGAGAAAUAAUUAGUGAAUUUGAAUAUUAUAUAUCAUAUGAAAUAUUCAAACAAUUGGUCGAAAGUGUGGAGUAUUUGCAUAAAAAUCAUAUCAUUCACAGAGACCUCAAACCCGAUAAUGUGUUGAUUGACAACAACGAUAGGUAUAAUAGAUAUAUAAAGUUAUGUGACUUCGGUUUGUCUAAAUCAGUGGAUGUAUUGAGUGAUGGAUACAAACAAAGUAGUGUUAAACACACCAAAGAUGUCGGAGAUAUUGAAUAUCAGGCACCGGAAGCGCAGACCACUGAAUACAACCAUUUAAUAGAUGUCUAUAGUCUGGCACUCAUUGGAGCAAAAAUAUUUAGUUUUAAUUCAAGUAAUUCUGAAAUUGAAAAAAAUACUAAAAAUAGAAAGUAUAUUAAACUCUGA